AUGCGCCGCCCGGAGCAGGUUAGGAGGGCGCCGUCCCCCGUGGAGUACGACAGCCGGAUCUACCCAGGAUCGGAGGCUGCGUCGCCUGCGCCGUUCAAUGUUGGUCGUCGGUUCUCGGUAAGCGCCGUUCGCAUGGCGUCGCGCUCGCCCCCGGAGCCCCCGCACGCGCGCUUGACACUCGCUGUGCACCCUACGGCACGGGAGCGCAAGCUCUCUGGACCGGGUUACCCCCGCCGCCGUUGGCGCAUCCAGGGGCAUAUGGGAGGGAUAGGGAUAGGCAAGUCCAGCGGAGGGGCUCACCUGGAUCCGGCGACGAGCGGGCUGAUGGCGCACCCACCACCGACGAAACAUGACCAGGCGUACCAGAGCCCAUUGGCGAACUACGCACGGCCACCCUUAGACGACCCCUGA